CUCCCCACUCACACAGACACAUUGGCACAACGAGCACUCGCGAUUGCGAAUCGUGAUCUUUCCACUGCGCGUGCUUGCUCAUCAGUCAUCACCAAUCUACCCGCAGCUCAGCUCACCGCCGGCCAGGCCAUGGGGAACUGCUUGGUGAUCCAGGACAGAAGGGAGAUCAAGGUGAUGAGCGUCGUGGACGGCGAGAUCCUCAAGCCGCUCCCGGCGCCACCCCUCUCCAAGGGCGCCCUCGCACGCGUCUCCGGCUCCUCCGACGCCGACGACGCGCUCCGGCCGCAGAAGCAAGGCCUCGACGCCCGGGCGGGCGGCAUGGCGCAGCUGCACCGCCUGUUCGCCUCCGACGCCAAUGCGCCUACCGCCGCGGCGGCUGACCCGGAGGGCGCCGUCGUGAGGGUGAAGCUGGUCAUCAGCAAGCAGGAGCUGAGGAGGAUGCUGGGCAAGGACGACGAUGCCGUCUCCAUGGAUGACAUGGUGGCCCUCUUGCGAAGAGGGUCGGAGGAUCAGAAGCAGGAGGACGUUGGUUGCUACAGAGGGUGGCGGCCUGCCUUGCAUAGCAUACCUGAAGGCAGCGGUGAUCUAUAUUCUAUGUUAGCAUAAGAAAUUAGCUGGAAGAAAAUACAUAUAUGGAUACUAAGCAUAAGAAAAUAUGCAUGUGUAUAUGUAUAUGUAUAUGUAUUUGUAUUCACGUAGUAGAAAAUAGAGAUCAUAGUUGGGUAGAUCUGCUGCUAGUAGUUUUGAGAUGGGGGUUAUCUUCAGGUUGUCUUGUUAUAGGUGGGUGCUGGGUGCAUACAUCCAUGUAAGACAAGGUAAAGAUAGUCCUGGAAACCAAACAAGACAAUACAAACUUGAUUAUUGAUGGCA